AUGAAGUACGUGGCUCCAAAGCUCGGAGUACGUUUCAUGAAUUUGGGAUAUUGGCCAUCAAUUGAACCGCAAGACGACAAAUUGAAUGAGUUUUUGAUCGAAAACGAUUUGAGUGAAUAUGGUAAUCGAAACAUUUUGAGUUGACUAUAAAUUAUAAAUUGCAGAUGCAGACAAGGCACACGUUUAUCUUUACGAGAAAGCAUUGUCCUUACACCCAAAUUACCCAUCUUUUCAAGGUUUAGAAAUACUUGAAGUCAGCUGCGGACAAGGAAAUUCCAUAGACCUUAUUCAGAAGUAUCCAAUUCUAGAAUAAUGAAAGCACAAAAGGACGAAUUUCAGAUGGCACGGACCGGCUCGUUGCGUAAUUGGUUGCGAUAAAGUAAUGACGAGAAAUGCGAGAAACAUUGUUUAUGGUGACGCCGCAAAUCUCCCUUUCGCUAACGAGUCAUUCGACUUUGGUAAGUGGGUUCAUCAGAAUAAUAAUAUGAAGUAUUGUCAGUUCUGAACGUGGAAGCUUCUCAUCUCUACGCGAACUUCCCCAAAUUUAUUUCCGAGUGUUCUCGAGUUUUGAAACCUAAUGGCGUUUUCUGUUGGCUGGACGUUAGAUAUCCGCAUGAGGUAAACAAAUUCACGGAUCAACAGAGAACUAUCAAACUUCUCAGGUUGGAAGUGUAAAAUUGACCGCAGCUACUGCUGGGCUAAAAUUGAAGCGUUGGGAAGAUAUCACGAAGGAAGUCGUCGUAGGAUUGAACCAUACGGCUAAAAAAUACGACACGAUUUUGGAAAGGGUACUUCUAAGUUGUCAUUUUAACAAGAACGAAUACAUUUACAGGCCCCGUUCUUUGUGAAAUUAUUCAAAACUUCGCUGAGAGCAACAUACUGUGCUCCAGGAACUUCGACUUACGAAAGAUUACAAAAAGGUCAAAGAGUGUACCUGGCAGCAAUGUGGAUGAAGAAGGCAAAUGAACAAUAA